UCACGCGUACUCUUUCGAAAUGUGCGUUUUACCGCAGGGUGUCCGAAAAAUGGAUUAUUUUCCAACAAAAAAUUGUAUCACGAGAAAUGUAAAAAUUUCUGAAUUUCGGUCUUUAUAAUACCGGUAUUUUGGUCCCUGCCAAAAAAUCUAUACCGUGUAUUUUGAGACACCCUGUAUGGUUCCACGGCUUGUUGGUCCUUGGAAACGACAUCUUGAAUAGAAAGGAUUCGAGAUUCACGUUUCAAUAAUUGCUACGGUUGAUUUGCUUUGGUUUGCUGAUAUUUCAAAAACACCACUAUGCAUGAACAGAAUAUAACUAAUACGUAUUCUAAUCGCUGCUCUCUUUUAUACUAUAAUCGUUAAAAGAAAAGAGAAGCGGUACAAUUAUUAAUUUUGUUGCGAUUUUUAAAAACAACCCAUCGAAGAAGAUGGAAUUUUACUACGUGUUAGGACCAUCGACCGAUCAACCUUGACACUAUUCUCUCCUUUUAAUUGGACGUAAUCGUUAACACAGUAGUCGUGACAUUUAUUACAAACCAGUAUUAUUUGAACGUUUCCGUAAUGCGUGCAAUGGCUUGUAGCAUUUAUAAUGUUAGUGCGAUAGCGCGUAAGUAGACGAAAGGACGUCUUUUAAUUUAUUAUUUUCCAAUGUCUAAUUAUACCGUUGAAAUGUUGUAUUUCUAAACAAGCAACGACAUUGACGAGUGUUUGAUGAUAGUUAUAGUUAUUGGUUUGUUGGGUACUUGAUCGUAUAAUAAUAGUGAUCGAUAGAAAAAUGGAUUCCAAGUAGCCAGGCGUGAUUUAUCGUUCGAUCGUGUUGUUUCUCAUCAAGUUUCGCGACGCGUGUCUGCCGUGGUUAUAUGCCCGAUUAUUCGACACGAUUUUCUCACCAACGAUAUUUACUUUUUACAGUUUCAAAUCUGAAUAGAGCAAGUUUACAUAGUAAAUUGGAUUACCACGAAUCAAUUGCAAGAAAAAGACCGGUGCAAGGGAUUGAGUUUUGUUUACGAGCGAUACGUUUCAUGUUUUUCUACAUACAUAUGUAGUUACUAUAGUGUGCUGCUACACGUUUACAACAAGGCACUACUCAUCCGUGAAAACGCCAAGUGACCUAUAGCAUUAUUUACUUACCUUUUACGUCCAUGCUGAUCGUUCAUAAGCCGUGUAAUAUUUUAAGACUUGUAUAAUUUUACAACGAGCAAUCAACUUAUUAGUUCCCCUUCCUCUCUUCAACAAACAAGCAUUAAAAUUGCCGAUAUAUUAGGGGCGAAGAUAAGUGGAAAUCGAAUAAUAUUUUCCAUUAAUUUCUAUCGCCUUUUCCCACCGUAUUGAUAACAAGUUGAUAAACGACCGACUUUCAAGAGUAAGCGUAAGAGUAAUUGGUACGUAUGUAUGUAUUACGAAAAAUCAAUAGAAACGAAUAAAACUGUAUUGAAAGAUACUGGAUAAAACCAGGUAUGUUCAAACGAUGGGAACUUUUGCGUAUUCCUGAUAGUAUCGUCGAGCAUUUUUAUAUGUAUAUAUAAAAUUUCUUUUUUUUUUUCUUAAAAGAAAUUCUUAGAUAAUUAGUAGUCGAAGCAUUAUUUAAAACGGCUACGGGUCUGUGAUCGUCAAGACACUCUUUAUAUUUAGAAAAUUUAGAAGGGCAUAUGAUUAAUGGAAGGGCAUAGAUAGCGGUGCGCAUGUCUAUAUAAAAUUGACUUAGAAAGACGCCUUAGCAUUAUCGGCGCGUCUUGCAGCCGGACACGUUCGUUUAUUGUCUAAAUUUAAGUAAAAGUAGAAAAAAAAAGGAAUCGAGGACAGCAGCGUGAGACAUGGUGCAACAGGAGCAGGCUCACGAUGCGAAGCAGCAAAUUGCGACCAGUCCAGAGGACACCGAGGACAUACCGGCCGGCCAACAGGGUCCUCAAGUUCCUCGGCGCAGAGGUGGCAUUUCCGCGGAGCCGGUCUCCGAGGAGGAUGCGACCAGUUACGUUAAAAAAGUUGUGCCUAAGGAUUACAAGACGAUGGCUGCGCUGAGCAAGGCCAUCGCUAAGAACGUCCUUUUCGCUCAUCUGGACGAGAACGAACGCUCCGACAUAUUCGACGCCAUGUUCCCGGUCACCUUUCUACCUGGAGAAGCUAUCAUUCGUCAAGGUGACGAGGGUGACAAUUUUUACGUGAUCGAUCAAGGAGAAGUCGAGAUAUUCCUGAACGGCGAAUUAGCCACGACGAUCGGCGAGGGUGGAAGUUUUGGGGAGCUUGCGUUGAUCUAUGGUACACCGCGUGCAGCGACCGUUCGAGCGAAAACCGACGUGAAAUUAUGGGGUAUCGACAGAGACUCUUACCGUAGAAUCCUCAUGGGCUCCACUAUACGAAAACGAAAAAUGUACGAGGAAUUUCUCUCCAGAGUUUCAAUUUUAGAAUCUUUGGAUAAAUGGGAACGGCUUACGGUAGCAGAUGCUUUGGAACCAGUGGCGUUCGACGAUGGCGAGACGAUAGUCAGACAGGGUGAACCUGGCGAGGACUUUUAUAUAAUCGUCGAGGGUACUGCCGUAGUUCUUCAACAACGUUCAGAAAACGAGGAACCAGCGGAAGUUGGUCGGCUAGGACCAUCCGAUUACUUUGGUGAAAUUGCAUUGCUCUUGGACAGGCCAAGAGCUGCGACCGUAGUGGCACGAGGUCCCUUAAAAUGCGUAAAGCUCGAUAGAGCAAGGUUUGAACGAGUUUUAGGCCCAUGCGCGGAUAUCCUGAAACGUAACAUCACCCAGUAUAACAGUUUCGUGUCCCUCUCCGUAUAAAUUGCUGUUCAAACGACCGGUUAUCAGUCAGACACAAUUUCUUUUUAUGGAAAUGCGUUUCCUUAUACCGUGUUAACAUUUUUCAUUUGAAUAACGUAUAAGUAAUUAUCGUAUUACGUCAGCCAAAAAUAUGCGUGAUAGAAGAAUUCUAUAUGGCAAUCCACGUGUCGCGUCGCGUCGUUUUUUUCAAUAUUUCAAAUAUCAUCUUUUUAAUUAUUCUCAUUAGUCGAAAUUUCUAAUCGUUCUUAUCAAUUGAAUGCUGAACAAUAUUUAAAUCUUCUUUGAUUAUUAUUCGUUUGGAAUUGAAAUUAAUUUUCAGCGCGAUCGACGACAUACGUAAUUCUGAUUACGCAAACAAUUGGAGUAACUGAAAACGCCGCGAUACAGAACUUUAUUACGCACCUUGUAACUCGCAACACGACGCUAUACAACGCGAUCUUGUAAUCUCUUUUACACGAACGUUUCUCGAGAGUGUUAAUAAAUAUGCGAGAAUAAAAAAAUAAUCGGUAGAUGUAUGUUUAUCUCGCAACAUUUGAUGAUCGAGAUUGAAUAAAUGAAAAAUUUUAUUGUGUUAUUAAAUAUUCAGAAUUUUGAAUCACUAUUCUUUUUCUUACCG